AUGCGCCUCACUGACAAUCUGGAUGAAAUGACCGCAAUCUGAUUCAACUCCCCAUACUCAACUGCAGCUCUACGGUUAAGGACUGCGCACACCUUUCACUUUAUGCGCCUCCGGGCGAGAGCUCACCUGUCGCUCCAGCUACACUCCCCUUCAGCUCAUCCCUCCCUCCACGCGCUGUCAAAGCCACCGUCGCCCUUCCGUCGAAAAUGGGCAACCCAUCCGUUCCCGAUCUCGAUGCUAUAGGCAUCAAAGCCGAGCCCGAACUGGCGGAUCAGUUCCGGCGCGAGGUCGCCGCCUUGCUGGGGCGCAAUAACCUCAAUUUCCCCGGCGCGCAGCCCGUCAGUUUUGCGAAACGGCAUCUCCUCGAGCUCCAGCGCGAAGACUACUACGUGUGCGAGAAAACGGACGGCAUCCGAUGCCUUAUGUACUUUGCACGCGGUGAAGAGGACUCCCCAGUACCAGAAAUUCACUACCUCAUCGACCGCAAGAAUGACUACCGCUACGUGCCGGGCCUGCACUUCCCCCAGCCGGACGACGAGACGUUCCAGUCCUUCCACGUCGACACCCUGAUCGACGGCGAGCUGGUCAACGACACGUACGAGGACGGCACGCAGCAGCUCAAGUUCCUCGUAUUCGACUGUUUGGUUUUGGACGGGCAGAAGCUCAUGCACCGGACGCUGGACAAGCGGCUGGCGUAUUUCAAGGAGAAGGUGCUCAAGCCGUACAACGCGCUCUACAAAAAAUUCCCGGAGGAGAAAAAACACCGCGCGUUCGCGGUCGAGGACAAAUCCACGCAGUUCAGCUACGGCAUCGAGAUGAUGUUCCGCGAGAUCAUCCCCAAAGUCAAGAAAAUCCACGGCAACGACGGCCUCAUCUUCACCUGCCGCAGUACCCCCUACCGCAUCGGCACGGACGAGCACAUCCUCAAGUGGAAGCCUCCCGCCGAGAACACCAUCGACUUCCGCCUGCGGCUCGAGUUCCCCAUCCUCGAACCGGACACGGACGACGAGGCCGACGGCAUCACCGAGCCGUACCCGGACUACGACGCCAUCCCGAUCUGCCACCUGUUUGUCAUGCUCAACGCCAACGAAUACCAGCCCUGGGGCGAGAUGUACGUCACCGAGUCGGACUGGGAGGCCCUCAAGGCCCUGCAGGCCCCGCUGGACGACUCGAUCGUCGAAUGCUUCAAGGAUGAGCAAGGGAGGUGGCGGUUCCAUCGGCUCCGCGACGACAAGGCCGACGCCAACCAUAUCUCGACCGUUGAGAAAGUGCUGGAGAGUAUCGAGGACCGCGUCACGGAGGAGGAUCUCAUCCGCGUCGCGCCGGCCGUCAAAGCCGCCUGGAAGAAACGGCAGGCCCAGGCCGCUGCCGAGGAGGAAGAACGCAGACGCCGCGCGAGACAGAUGCCACCCAGCGCGAACGGAAACGGGGUCAAGAGGAAAUUCGAGGAGUAGAUUGACCCCCUCAUCCCAAAAAAAAAUUAGCUCAAGGCUGGCUGCUUUGUCUUCUGGCCUUUGUACUUAUUUUACUCACAUCGAUGUUGGUUUGCAAGGCGUCUGGCGUUUAGUAUCUGCGAUACUGCAGAGCAUGGAAGAGGAGCAAGAAAGGAAGGGCAGUCGCUUGUGGGUUUGGGGGCUCAGCAUGUGUAUCAACUUUCUCUUUAGAAUUUGCAAUGUCGAAAAGGGUUUGGUUCGGCCAUUUCGCAAUUCCCUACGGAUUCGAGUAAUACAUAGGGGCUGCUCUACUUGGCUCUACGCGUUGUUGGGACUCUUGUACAUAUCUCUGCGUUCUUUGUGUACGAGACAAGAAGAAAAGAAAAU